UUUGGGGAAAGACGAAGGAAUAAAACCAUGGAGAAUUGCGGGAAUGAGAUGGUAGCAAAGAGAAGUACGAAUGUGUUGGAAUUCCUCCUUUUUUUCAAUUUCUUCGGUUGCACCAAACCUUUAUGUUUGGGUGAAUUAGGGUUCUUAGCUUCUUUUUUCUGAUGUUGAAGACAAAGGGGGUCGAAUAAAUUUGGAAUUUUGGAUUACUUCACUGGUUUCCUAUUUCUGCUGGGUUUUCCAUUUAUAAUUGUAAAAAAGCUUUAUGGAGUUCAUAGCAAUCAUUAUUUUUUGAGGUUGCUGCCUUAAAGAGUUUCUAGGCGACUGCUCCAGCUCGAUUGACAUUUGCUUCUUAUCAAUUUUUGAAAUGGCUCAACCUGCAGAAGAACUUCCGCAGUACAUUCACAUCCAACAAAAUGAUUUUUUAUACCGAAAACACAGGAAACAAAAGGAGGAGGAUAUUGCUAUAUGUGAAUGCAAGUAUGAUGAAAACGAUCCUGAUAGUGCUUGUGGGGAGGAGUGCUUGAAUGUACAUACCAGCACAGAAUGCACUCCUGGCUUUUGCCCUUGUAAGGACUAUUGUAUGAAUCAGAAAUUUCAAAAAUGUGAAUAUGCUAAGACAAAGUUGUUCAAAACAGAAAAUCGUGGCUGGGGCCUUUUAGCAGAUGAGGAUAUAAAGGCAGGACAAUUUGUAAUUGAGUAUUGUGGAGAAGUGAUAUCAUGGAAAGAAGCCAAAAGAAGAUCACAAGCUUAUGAAAUUCAAGGUCUCAGGGAUGCAUUUAUAAUAUCUCUCAAUGCCUCUGAAUCUAUUGAUGCCACUAGGAAGGGAAGCCAAGCUAGGUUUAUAAAUCAUUCAUGCCAACCUAACUGUGAGACGAGAAAGUGGACUGUCUUGGGGGAGGUAAGGGUUGGAAUAUUCGCAAAGCAAGCUAUCCCUAUUGGAGUUGAAUUGGCAUACGACUACAAUUUUGAGUGGUAUGGUGGUGCCAAGGUUCGAUGCCAUUGUGGUGCAGCUAGCUGCUCUGGAUUUCUUGGGGCAAAGUCUCGUGGUUUUCAGGAGGAUACAUACCUAUGGGAAGAUGAUGAUGAUAGAUAUUCAGUUGAGAAAAUUCCUCUGUAUGAUUCUGCUGAGGAUGAGCCUUCGUCUAAGCUUUUCAAUUCAAUGGCUGUUAGCUUCUCAAAUUCUGAAUAUAAUGUUGAUGGGAUGACACCAAAUGUUAGUAUGGGAUCUGAGCACCAGUUCUUGUCGACUUCUCUCGUUGUUCAGUCCCUUGAUUCAGUUCCGAUGGAGGGGAUGGCUAUCAGUGAAUUUAAAGCUGAAGUGAAUGCAGAGAGUAUAUUAUACUCCCAAGAUGCUCAACAGACACCUCCACAAAAAAAUGCAGUGAUAUCUCAUAUCACAAGUAAUAGCACGCCUCGAAAGUAUCAGGUUGGACCAAAGUCCAUGGCAAAGAAAAAAUCAAAGCAAUAUGCUAAUGGGAAGUUGAAAAAAGUACCACAAAAGCAAGUAGAUAUGAAGUUGGUUGCUUUACUCUUGCCAACAAAAGAAGCACAAGAGGAAAUAUUACAAAAUGAGGAAGUGAAAAAUUAUGCUACCUCCCAUCUUAAAUCAUUAUACGAUGAGAUACGACCUGCCAUUGAAGAACAUGAAAGGGACCACCAAGACAGUGUAGCUACCAGUGUAGCCGAGAAGUGGAUAGAAGCUUCCUGCAUGAAAAUGAGGGCAGAGUAUGACCUUCAUUUUUCAGUAAUAAAAAAUUUCAUCACCAUUCCUCAAAAAGCCUAUGGCCAAGCAAAACCAUCUGAGGCUGAUGAUCAGAGUGAAACAAAGCUCUCAGCUUUAUAUUUAAUUGCCGUGUAAUGAUACGACAUUGCACACAGUAACGUGACAAGAUUUUUCAGAUAGUCAACUAUAUCAUUCACCACAUUGACAAAAGGUCGAGUUCGACGAGAAAAUCUACUCGCAACGUGAGUAUGAGUGAGUCUGUUGGUAUGUUUGGAUUGCUUGAAAGGCCUCGUUGGAGCAUGACAGAAGGGAAAACUCUUCUUGUUUUUGUAUCUUCAAGUUUGGAAUUCUUACCAAAACAAUUUGGGCCAUGAGCACCCUAAUUUGGGAUGGAUGCUUCAUUUGAUAAGCAUCUAAUUUUUAUGUUCA